AUGUCGCAUUCCAAGGCUGCGAUACUCCGGCUUCCCGAGGAGCUGCUGGUCCACAUCACGGACGACGUCGAUAUCACCGACCUCCAUGUUUUGUCAAUCACUUGUCGGCGCAUACGCCCAAUCGCGCAGGAAGGCCUUGUUCGACGAGCAACUCUACCGCUCAAAAAUGUUUGGAAACUGGUGGACUUACUGCAAGCUUACUCAACACUAGUCAUGUCCUUUACUCACCUUCGACUUGGUCCCAUUUCGGAGGAUGCAGCGCGAAGCAUAGUCUCCAACCACAAUGCCGCUCAGAGACCCCACAUGAUACACAGGGAUUACUCCAUGUGUGAUACUGCUUUCGAAGAGUCUAAGUGCACCUCAGCUGGAAUGAAAGUUCUGUUGACUCUUGCGCGUGGUCUAAAGUGUGUGUCUAUGGGUACAGUCUCUAGCCACAGCUUCGAUUUGCUGAAUGCUUGUAUUCUCACUGGCCCCAUUAUAUCCAGUACCGAAGUGGCCACGCGUUCGUACGAGAAGGCGCGAUCAGACGUCCAAGCACGACUCGAGGAGGUCAAUGUGAAUCCCGACCACCCUGAUGCUUUCCCGGCAACCAGUCUAGUCAUGUCCUUGCAUCUUUCAGAAUGUUCCAAGCUCAAGCGACUGGUAAUCCCAUAUAGGACUUUGUUCAAAAGGCCGGGAGACAGGUUGUUGUCUGAAUUCACACCUUGCCGGCUGGUCGAACAUCGUUACUACACCGAGCCUCACCAUAUGUUGCCGCCAUCUCUUGAGUCUGUACACUUAAUCUUUGGAACGGUCUCUCCCGAUGUGCGAUGGCUCGACAGGCUGAUACUCAAUGAAGUUGGCUUUCCGAAACUGCGCGAAGUUCAGCUGCUAUUCCAGCAGAACCUUCUGUCAGCUGCCUGGAGCUUGUGUUGUUACCCUGACUCUAGGCUUCUGGCCACGCUUCGAGGAUGGCAGGCAUCGCGCGUUGAUCUGACCACAAGAUUCGGCAUCGCGAGGUUCACUGACGUAGCAAUAACGGAAACCAAGAGGGAUACACCAGCGCCUUACGUUGCCGGCGAUAUAAUCCCUGCAGUCGAGAAGUGCCUCGCGACGACACUUGAUCAACUAAAGGAUGAGCCCGAGAUGUUAGCAGCACUGGGCUAUGUAGCAGGGUCUACCUAA